AUGAAAGCCAAAGCCCUCCGAGAACAGCGCGACGCUGAACGGGCCAAAGCCGCCACUGCUCCGACCUCUUCUCGCACAGCACAACCCACUCAAGGCGUCAAGCGCUCCUUCAACUCGAUGACAUCCUCAGAUCCACCGGCAACCAUGCGCAAUGCGCGCACAAAUACGGCCUCGUCGGAACUCGACGCCAUCAAGCCUGCCCGCAACUUCACUCGAUAUGUCGACUAUGACUUUAGCAAAAUGACCGAUACCAAGGGCGGAUUCUUGACACAGGAGGACGACCCAUUCAAUAAAGCGCUUCAUGUAUCGGAUGGAAAGGAACAGAAGCCGGCACAUAUGACACAAAAGGAAUGGGAACGCCAUCAGUUGCUUGAAUCGUUGCGACGGAAUCGCGAGGGGCCCUUUGAACCCGGGCUCAGCGUUCUGGAUGACAAAAGUCGGCAGAAAAGCUGUCGUGAGUGCGGCAGUCUCGAAAUUGAUUGGAAAUGGGAGGAGAUGUUGCGGUGUUGCAUUUGCCACUCCUGCAAAGACAAGUACCCCGAAAAAUACAGCCUCUUGACCAAGACGGAGGCAAAGGAGGACUAUCUCCUGACGGAUCCGGAGCUGCGAGAUGAAGAGCUCCUCCCGCAUCUGGAACGUCCCAACCCGCACAAAUCGACCUGGAACAACAUGAUGCUGUAUCUUCGAUAUCAAGUCGAAGAGUAUGCACUUUCGUCCAAAAAAUGGGGCUCUGCAGAAGCGCUGGACGCCGAGUUUGAGCGACGCGAGAGUGACAAGAAACGGCGGCGAGAGGCCAAAUUCAAGACCAAGUUGCAGGACCUGAAGAAACGCACGCGCGUCGAAGCCUACCGGCGCAGUCGACAAGGUACAUCGGGAGGAGAGUUUGGCGACGAUCUCAGCAAUGGGCGCAAACACGUCCAUCAAUGGGGCCGGCCUGUUGACAACCCCGAAACCGGUAUUCCGGUCAAAACAUGUGUGGAUUGUGGCAUGGAGGUGGAAGAACUAGAAUUCUAG